AUGGCAAUGCAGAAAGGCUUUUCGAAACACAUGUGUCCUUGCAGACAUUCGGCCCUGUCGUAUUCCUCGCCCCUCCUCUUCCUUUCCAUAAUCCUUCCAAGAUCAUCGUACGCCCAGUUCACAAGUCAAUCGACGUCAGUGACCCCAACAACACUUUUUACCUCAGCAUCAUCGAGUUCUCCAUCAACUUCGCUUGGAACACCGACCGACAACAGCUCCUCUGGAUGGUCGAAUUCUUCGACGGGCACCCAUGCGUUCAAUUACUACUUCGUAAUCGUGGCAGUCGCUGCUGUGUUUUUCUGUUUAGCACUUCUUUACUUCGGCAAACGUAAGAAACAAAAGGCCGCUUUGAUGAGAAGGAAUAGUCAGCGAGCUUUGGCCCAGGAUGUUGCAGGAUUCAACCUCAGGUCGAGAGGCGGCCGAGCACGUAACAAUGGGAGGGGCUUCUGGAACGGUACACGCAGGGAGGAGGACAGAGUGGAAGGGCUUGAUGAGAGAGGUGAAGCACCACCGCCAUAUGUGCCAGGUGGGAAGCCACCAAGUAUAAGAGCCGUGUCAGAAUCGGUCGACCUUGCGGAUGCAAGAGAUCCUCACGGUGCAUUUGGUGGAUCCGUCGAAUUAAGCACUCUCCCUUCUGGCCUGCGAAGUAAUGCAGAUCCCCCACCCCCGGACUAUCAUGAGCAUGGCAGCGGGGGUUCAGAGGAUAUUGGGGACAUUACGAGACCUGCACCAGCGUUCACAAACGAUCGCCACGAGUCUUCAAGAAGAUUGCUCGGAAAUAGUAAUGGCUCGACUGUUUGA